GCUGUACAUUCGUCACAGUGGGAUUAUUCCUGUAUUGUCAAAUCGAUUGAUUGCAUUAACCAGCACCGCGACGCCUGGCAGUAAAUUACACGAACGAUGGGGUCGAGGGGUGAUGGCCUUUGUGGUGGCCAUGACGAGACAUCGUCGACGAGUGGUUCAUGUGGUGGCGCCGCCCCCACUGCCACAGCGACAUCCCCAGCACCAAAACGGCCGCUUGAAGAAAGAACAGCACGAGCGAACUGGUCCACACUGAGCCCCGCCGCCGCAGACUUUCGCUCUGGGCGACAAACCCAAUCACCCGCAACAACACCACGAUCAAGACAAUCACGUUUGAAUGGAGAUGGCUUUGGAACGCCACCAGCGCCGCGCCCACCCCGCACGCGACGGAGAAGAAGUGGUGGACCAGCACCACGACCGAGUAGUGACGGAUGCCCUCCCUUGUGAGCAUGCGCUGGAGCCGCGUGGCGUCAUGGAACGACCAACUGCGAUGGAGAUACACGCUGACGAAGGACACGACGUGGCAAGUCAAUUCCACACAUCCCCAGCCCAAUCCGAAGGAAAACGCACUGCCAAACGUGAACGACGAGCAGCCCACCCACACAAACAACAUGCGCACAACGUCGUCCAAACACGUGCACACGACGGCCCCAACGGUGCCCCAUGGGUACAUGGCCCCGUCCUUGAGGGUGCCGCCGCGGACCGUUUGCGCAAGCCACUCGAACAUCCACUUGGAACACUCGCAGCUGCUGUAUGCAACCGCGCCAAUGACCACGUGCUUGGUAUCAAGGAUGGUCAGGUGAUUUUUCUUUGGGUGGAUGGCGGCGAUCCCGUGGAAGAGUAUGAAGUACCCAACAAUAACCAUAGGUUGCAAACAUGCAAACACGACGUUGGUUCGCGUCUUGUAUGUCAGGAGUGGAGACUCGCUCGAGCCCGUUGCCACCAUGGUCACGUUGGUCGUAGGCGUGUGCGUGAUGUCGGCCUUCGACGGGGUGCGGUCAUCGAUUAAAUUGACUUCGCUACCCACAGAACUGCAUUCGUUGGACGCCACUGCGUGGCUCCUUUCAAGAUUAACGUCCUUCAGAUCUGGCCUCACCAGCCGCAACGGCGGCAGUUGCGACGACAUUUCGUCGAGGCAAGGCUGUCUGUCAUAUACUAGU